CGCCCCUCCCACUUCUGCUUAGAGAAAGGGACUUGAAACCCAACAACAUAUUUUAUGACGAACUAGCUAGCAUUUUUUUGUCUAAAAGCCUCUCCUGUUACUGCCUUUUCCCCAGUAUGAAACCCAAGCCUCUCUAUUUACCGGAAGUUUCCUUUUUCACGAGCCCCCUCUUUGAGCUCUACCUUGUUAAAAGGCAGGCCAGAGAAUAAAAUGGAUUUGUGAACUGCUCAAACGGAGAGAGGAGAAAGCAAGAAAGAGGCUUCCUAUAACUUACUGCAGCCACAGGAACAGGAACCUAACGACGGAACGCCGGUAAGCACACAAGUUGUCUCAUGAUGUUGGAGGCACAGGAUUUGGGAGCUCCAGAUGCAGAGGGAAACCAGCCAGAGGUCCCAGCAACACACGUGUCCAGUAACACUCAACAGGUGGACAGUGGAGCAUCUGUCUCUUCUCCCGGGGCCUCACUGCGACAUUCUGCCACCACAGCCACCGAGGAUGAGGACGAGAGCGAAGAUGAGUCAGAUAUUCUGGAGGAGAGUCCCUGUGGCCGCUGGCAGAAACGUAGAGAGGAGGUGAAUCAGCGUAACGUCCCAGGGAUAGAUGAUGCAUACUUAGCCAUGGAUACAGAGGAAGGGGUGGAGGUAGUCUGGAAUGAAGUCAUGAUCUCAGAGAGGAAGAACUUCAAACUGCUGGAGGGAAAAGUGGAGGCAGUAUUUGAUAACUUGAUUCAUUUGGAACAUGCAAAUAUUGUCAAGUUUCACAAGUACUGGGCGGACACAAAAGAGAACCGGGCAAGGGUGAUAUUCAUUACUGAAUAUAUGUCAUCAGGAAGCUUGAAACAGUUUCUUAAGAAGACAAAGAAGAAUCAUAAAAGCAUGAAUGAAAAGGCUUGGAAGAGAUGGUGCACACAGAUCCUCUCUGCUCUCAGUUAUCUCCACUCAUGUGACCCUCCUAUCAUCCAUGGCAACCUGACCUGUGACACUAUCUUCAUCCAACACAACGGGCUCAUCAAGAUUGGAUCAGUUGCCCCAGACACCAUCAACAGCCAUGUGAAGACCUGUCAUGAGGAGCAGAAGAACCUGCACUUCUUUGCCCCAGAAUAUGGAGCUGUUGAUGAUGUCACCACAGCUGUGGACAUCUACUCGUUUGGUGUGUGUGCCUUGGAGAUGGCUCUCUUGGAAAUCCAGGGGAACGGAGAGUCGUCUUUAGUUUCUCCGGAGGCCAUCAACAGUGCCAUACAGUUACUGGAGGACCCGCUGCAGAGGGAGCUAAUCCAGAAGUGCCUCGAGUGUGAUCCCGACACAAGGCCCACCGCCCGAGAGCUGCUGUUCAACCAAGCCCUGUUUGAAGUACCGCAGCUGAAACUGCUGGCUGCACAUUGCAUUGUCAGCCACAACCACAUGAUUCCUGAGAAUGCCUUGGAGGAGAUUAUGAAGAAACUGGACCCCAACCUGGUCGUCGCUGAGGCAAAAGACAAUGUUCAGCUCAAGCUUUCUCAAUUUCCCAUCUUGGAACUUGAUAAAUUCCUGGAGGAUGUGAGGAAUGGUAUUUAUCCGAUGAUAGCGUUUGGGCUGCCGUGUCCUCAGAAGCCUCAGCGGGAGACCAUUGAAUCUCCCGUUGUCGUCCCGUUGGUCAAAUCACCAACACCCGAACCGGCAGAGCUGGAGACACGACGGGUCAUUCAUAUGCAGUGUAAUGUUGAAUCUGUCGAGGAGGGAUCAAAGUAUCAUCUAACGAUACUGCUGAAACUGGAGGAUAAACUGAAUAGACACCUGACCUGUGACAUGUUACCUCAUGAGAGUGUUCAAGAGAUGGCUGAGGAGUUGGUGCAGCUGGGCUUAAUCAGCGAGGUGGACCAAAAAAAAAUAGCCUCUCUCCUAGACGAAUCAUUCAGCCAAGCUCUCCAUUAGCAACGGUUUGCUAAGCCAUGUUACUGUCUCAUAAGUACACUCUCUCCACUCUGUUACAUGUUGUUUUUGGUUACUCAACGCGCUCACCUUAUUUAGUGCUUCUAAAGAAAAAUGUAUUUUCUACUAAGCUGUAGGGGGUAAUGUGACCAAAAGGGUGGUAUUUAUUCCUCUGCAUCAGGGGAUGAAAACUUCCGAAAGCAAAGAAAAACUUGAACAGAUAUCAAUCCAGGAGUGUAGGUGACUCCAAAAUAAAACCCACCUGGAUUGAUUAAACAAUUUUAUUGAAAGAUUAAAAUAUACGUAAAUCUGCGUGUCAUUUUUUUGUAAGGCAUUGGCUAUUAAGUUGACCUCAUUAAUGCUGCUUCAGGCACUUGAACACAACAGUACUGACACAAUUACUUGGGGCUUUACAAUUUAUUCUCUUUUUCUCAAGCUCUAGUUGUAUUUUAGUGUGAGGGGUUUAUGUAGUGAAUUGCCCAACUCCCUUUCGUUUUGCCUGACGUAAAAUAUAUGAACAUUCCGCCCUCUUUGACUUAAUGUGAUGGACCGUCUCCGUCACCAGCAGCAGCAAUGUUAUCAGUCAACUGAUGGAGGGAUACACAUGGUGUGUGUGUGUGUGUGUGUGUGUAUAUAUAUCAUUUUAAAAGCCUUUGAUACAGAACAAAAUGGAUGUGCAGAACUGCACAUCACAUUUCUGGCAGGCAUCAAAGCUGCUCUCUCUGGACAAUGGUUACUUGGAGGUACUGUGAACUCAGUGUUACUGAAUUUUUGUUUGUGUGUGUGUGUGUGUGUGUGUGUGUGUGUUUUUUUCAAUGUUUCACUCUUUGUUGGACCUACGCACAUGCCUUAAAGUCCUCUUUUUAUUUUAUUUUAUUCAUUGUUUAACCAUUUGCUGCUUGUUGGGUUCACAGAUGUUACUCUUCCUUUGAGAUCCAUUCAUGUGAGAGUUGCAUACUGAACCCAGCUGCCAUAGGCUGUAGAAAGAGGACGUAGCCUUUUCCUGAUGCAUCUGUUUGAGAACCACGUUAUAUGUUUAAGACACUGAAUAGUGUGUGCUUUCCUUCUCUCAUUUCCCUUUUUGUUUACCGUGUUCACACAGAGAAGAGCCCAAAUACAACGCCUCUUGUUUCUAUUGCUGUUUUAAUUUGAUCACCAUUUGACGGAACUUGGAUCUGUGGGGUUGAUGUUGUUCUAAAUAGUGAAUUCAAAUUUUACAUAAAACGUGUCUUUCUUAGACUCAUGUUGAGAUCUGGGAGUUGCCUGUGGCCUUUUUAUUUUGUGACAUUUUGGCUCAGAACUAUUUUUGGCCGACUGGUACUACUGUCUGAAGGCUCAAACAAUUCGGGAACUUAGACAGGAAGAAAUGUAGCUUUCCCAGCGUGGAUAGAAAAAACUACAUUACGAUACUGUUAGAUAUAAUAACUUUAUUGACUAUCCUUGAAGUGUCUAAUAUACAGUACCAGUUUAAUUAAUUGAAACCUCAUCAUCUUUUGCUGGUUGAUUAGUCAACAAUGACGCCAAAUUAAUCCAAUUAUCUCCACUCAUGUAUAUCUGAUUUUGUCUCAUGUACUUGGGCAAGUAAUGUCCUCCAAUCUGCAUUUCUGCUUUGCAUACAUGUGUAGUCCAUCUUAUUUUUUGUUUUCUAUUUUGUGAACUGAUAAAAUGAUCUAUUCCAAAGAUAUGUUUUAAAGUCAUCCCGGUGAAUGUAAGUGCAAUUCUUGUACACAGAAGUGUUACAAACCAACCAAUGUGAUCACCAAACCAGCUUUAUUCUUUCUCCCUCUACUAUUAUUAGUGACGUUCAAAUUGGUUAUUAAAUAAUCAUACAGGGUUGGCAGCUUGGGCCCGUAACUCAAGGAUGUGAGCUUUCCGGAAGUAUUUGUAUAUUCUUCUAUUUGGUAUAUGACAUGAGCAUCUGUAAAUGUGUGUUCCUCUUGUGAGACGGGAAUCCUGACAGAAUCUAAGAAAGACAGACUGUUCUUUCAAAUAAAUGUGUGAAAUUCUUCAUUUUUGGAA